AUGAGUAAGGGUAACAGUGCCACCAAAAAGACCUCGGGAUCUCUAUGGGAUUUCAUACGUGUAGAGUUUACACGUGGCUAUUCGCUGGAAAAUGAUGAAAAAGAAUUUUCUGAUAGAAGAGAAAAAGUAUAUACUUUUAUGAAAAUACCUUUAGAGGUAGAACAAUUCAUGUUCUAUGGCUUUUGUCAGUGUGCUGAUUCAUUCCUAUUUGUUUAUACAUUCCUACCACUAAGAGCAUUAGUUGCACUAAAAGCAUUAAUUUGUCGAUCUAUAUCAAAAUUCAGGAAAAAACAAAAACAUAAUCGGUUAUCUGCUGCAGAAGCAUGUGACUUACUUAAGAUGGCCGUAUUAAUAACAUGUUCACUGUUGCUAAUGCCUUGGGAUACAUCAAUGAUGUAUCAUGUAAUUAAGAGCCAGUCAGUUAUUAAAUUGUACAUAUUCUUUAACAUGUUAGAGGUUGGAGAUCGGCUGUUUUCAUCAUUUGGCCAAGAUAUUUUAGAUGCUUUAUUUUGGACCGCAACUGAACCAAAACAUAGUCGACGUGAACAUUUUGGUGUUUUACCACAUUUCAUAAUUGCAGUAUUUUAUGUCUUUUUACAUAGCAUACUUGUAUUAUGCCAGGCCACAACAUUAAAUGUUGCUAUAAACUCUAGUCAUAAAGCAUUGCUCGCAAUCAUGAUGUCCAACAAUUUUGUAGAACUAAAAGGAAGUGUAUUCAAAAAGUUUGAUAAAACAAACUUGUUCCAGUUAUCAUGUAGUGAUGUUCGUGAACGAUUUCAUCUAUUUAUAUUGCUGUUAAUUGUCGUCGUGCAAACUAUGAAAGAAUAUCAAUGGAAUAGUGAGUCAUUUUGGGAAUUGAUACUGGACUGUAUGUACGUUAUGUUAUCAGAAAUGCUAAUUGAUUGGACAAAACAUGCAUUUAUUACUAGAUUUAAUGAAAUUAACUUGUCAGUAUACAGCGAUUAUGUAUUGAGCUUUGCUUAUGACACUGCACAAUCACGUCACAAAAAAGCCUUCACUGACCAUUCAGAUUUGGUUGCUAGACGAAUGGGUUUUAUUCCAAUUCCAUUGGGAGUAGUUAUGAUUAAAGUUCUAAGUAGAUGUGUAUCUUUUGAUGGACGACUGGCUUGCAUGGUUUUAUUACUAUUCACCUUUACUUGUCUAGUUACAUUGAAAAUUGUCAACCUUAUUUAUAUAUUAGGAAGAGCUUGCAAAUUAAUUGAUUUUCAUAAAACGUCUCUAAUAAAAAAUCAUCAAAUCAUUAAUGGUGUAAGCUGUCAAGAUAUGGCAACUAGUCCGAUGAGACCACAACUGCGUAAAAAGCAAUCUUGGAAUGAUAACAAAGAAAAUAAACCCUCACCACUUAUUGAUGUGCCUCCUUUAGGACCAACACCAAUGUUUGCUAAUAGCAAUGUUGACAUUAAAGAGGCAUGCCUUAAUACACAAAUACUAGAAGAUAUCAUAGAAAUGGAUAUGACUCGUAGCGACCCUGAUUUAAACAUAACUAUGAUGCGUGAUGCCGAUACUCUUAGUACAAAAUCGGCUUGA